AUGGGUGGCAGAACUUCACCACGACAAUGGUUGCACCAAAGGACGACACCAACGACUGUAGGGUCAUCGAUCGGCGAUGCCGGUGGAGUGGGAGACGGCGAGUCGGAAGGAGAAGGUGCUGCGCGACCGAGAACAACAGCAGCAACAAUAGGGACGUUUCCUCGGUGUCUAUCUUUGUCGGCAGCUUGGAGCAACAACGGCGCUGGAUGUUCCGGUGCUUCUCGGUGGUUGACAACGGGUGCUCCAGCUUCAACAGAAACCAAGGAAGAAAUUAAAGGAUCUUUCUCAUCAGAUUGUUGGAAAACAAAAGAACAUCAUACCUAG